GUUCUUGUUCUCUACUUGAGCUUCACUAGCAUCUCUUGACCUUCACCAUUUUUUCUUUCCUUUUAAGCAGUACAGCACUCUCUGUAAAUUUUCUGAAAUCUUCAGGGUUUCCGUUACAGAUUUCACAUUUCACAGCUAUACAAAGAAAGUACGGUGAUUUCUCAGAGCACAGCACAGAGGAAGAUUGUUUCUUUUCCGGAAAAGACACUGUUAUUCAAAACAGUGUUUUUAUACUUUUGCCCCCACAAUUUCCACAGGCCACACCUCUUCAUAUCAUAUCAUAUCCCUUCACUUUUAUUUUUCGUACCUUCUGUCUCCUCCUCUUGCUUCACUCAACUUGUAUGUGCUCUCAAGCUUGUUUUUCUCUCCUUCUUUUCAUGAGUUUUCUUUCUCUCCUUUUUAACUCACUCCACACUUUCCUUGAAAUUACUCCUCCUUUAACACUUUCUCAACCUUAUGUAUUCAAUCUAUAAAUUCUCUUCCUCUACCACUCUCUCCCUUUGCUUUCUUUCUCCCUAACCUUCUUUAUUCUCUCUUCCCUUUCUGUCCCAAGAAGAAUAUCUCUCUUUCUUUCUUACUUUUCCUCUCUAUUUCACUCCCUCACUUCCACUCACUCCACCGUUCUGUUCUGUUUUCCCUCUUUCAACCAAGAAUCUGAUACAUACAUACAUACACAGAGCUGCAAUUUCCACCUUCAAACAUGACUGAGAAGAAGUACACUCACCGCCUCUACCAAACCGACUCACCUAAGCAACCGUUUCCUAGAGUGGUCCGAAUAAGUGUCGCCGACACCGAUGCCACCGACUCCUCCAGUGACGAAGAAGAACAAACCAUCCCCUGUUCUACGCGCCGCCACCGACAGAGAAGGGUUGUUAACGAGAUUAUCAUUGAGCCGUGCGCCGCCCAGAAUGACGGCGACGGUGUCGUUUCCAGGAAACGAAGCAGGGCUACUAAGGCCAGAGCUCCGGCGAGCCGGCGGGUUUCCUCCUCCUCCGACGGGAAGAAGUUCCGGGGAGUGAGGCAGAGGCCGUGGGGAAAAUGGGCGGCGGAGAUAAGAGACCCGGCGCGGCGCGUGCGGUUGUGGCUUGGCACCUUCAACACUGCUGAAGAAGCUGCCAUGGUGUACGACCACGCUGCCAUCAAGAUUCGUGGACCUGAAGCGCUGACCAAUUUCUUAAAGCCACCCACCACGUGGCCGGAGAAUGAAGAAAAACCCAUGAGCUCCUCCGGUUACAGUUCCGGACAAGAAGAAUCUCAUCACAGCAAGAGUAAUCUGUUUUCUCCCAUUUCUGUACUUCAGUGCAGUUCUUUAUCUGAAGAAGGUGAAUCUGUUACUGUGAAAGAAGAAGAAAACUCUAGCUUUUCAGAGAAUUUGAGUACUGAAAAGAUUGCAUUGCCAACAACAGAGAAGAUGGAAGAAUCUGAAUCACUGUUUCCAAUUCCAAAUGAUGUGAUGCAAUUUGACGUCCAGUUUCAAGAUGUUUUGUACGGAAACAACAGCUUCAAUGAUGUGUUGCCAGAAAGAAGCAUGUUUUUCGAAGAUGAUGGUGGUUGCUGCAGCUCGAGUACAAAUUUGUUUGAGGAUUUGGAAUUCGGAUUCAAUAGUUGGAAUAAUACUACUACGAUGAAUAGCAACCGUGACUUUUUCCAAGAUAUUGAUGAUUUGUUUGUUUCAGAUCCGCUUCUUGUUCUUUGAUUUGAUUUGAUGGGUUUAUUAGCAGUUAACAAGAAUGGAUGGAUGGAUAUUAUGGCUUGUCGUUGUGUUGCCUCUUUACCGGCAAAUUUUGUAUCGACAGCAAAUUAGUAUAAUGACUGUAAUCAGUUUAAUUACUAAUCUCUUUUUGUUUGUGGUACUUGGUGUACUCAAGUAGUAGUGACUAUUAUGGUUUAAGGAAUGAAUGGAUGAGACUUUUUGUUUUUUGUAA